AUGGCACCCACGUCGGCGCUCACGCACUGCAUCGUAUGCGUUCUGCGUUGCAAGUACAUUGCAUAUGCACCAUAUGCACCAUCGCGGUGGAGAGUUCUGGGGGAGUUUCAAAUCCUAAACCUGCGCCUGACCGAGGGUUCCGCUGACUCUGUUGGAACCUCUGUCUGGGAUUCAUCUGUUGUCGGCUCGGUAUGCUGCCACAGCAGGUGGUGUUUCAACCACACAGCUAUCGUCCUGUCUUUCUCCUGCUGCACAACGCAGACACCAGGCGAGACACAGGACACACUGAAAGCGGUAAUUUGA